GCUUUAUAAAGCAACCAACUUUCAUUCAUUUCCCCUACGCGUUUGGCGAAAACCGCCGAAUCUCAAACUUCAAAGAAAAAAAAAUGAAUCCAUUUUCUUCUGAAUCCGAAUCUCAGAUUUCUCCUGAAUCCGCCGUUGAAGGGGACCCAGAAGCUCAAAUCCUCCAUUUCCAAUCUGAAUUCAGUUCUGAAGACGAUCACGACGAGUCAGUUUCUCUGACGGACUGGAAAAACACGAAGAAGAAGAAGAAGAAAAAGAACAAGAACCAGAUAUUGCUCGAGGGUUUUGUGGAGGCAUCGGAUGAGGAUAAUUUGACGAGGACAAAGAGCUUGACGGAUGACGAUCUUGAGGAGCUCAAAGGAUGUGUGGAUCUAGGGUUUGCGUUUUGCUAUGACGAGAUUCCCGAGCUCUGUAACACCUUGCCGGCGCUCGAGCUUUGUUAUUCGAUGAGCCAAAAGUUUAUGGAUGAACACCAGAAGGUUCCGGAAAAUUCUCCGCCUGAGUCGGUGGAUUCUGUUUCUAGUCCCAUUCCGAAUUGGAAGAUCUCUAGUCCUGGUGAUCAUCCAGAAGAUGUUAAGGCGAGGCUCAAAUACUGGGCGCAAGCUGUGGCUUGUACUGUUAGAUUAUGCAACUGAAGGAGCCUGAAAAAUCAAUAGACUGUUGUGAAUGGAGAUUUUUCAAGAUUGUUAGAGAAGAUGACAUGAAUCUUCUUCUUGAGCUCGUGCUUGGCAAUCCCUUUAACCAAAAAAACAAAAAGAAAAACCCAUCUCCAUAAGAUUUUCCAUUUGUAGCCAGAGAUGGGUUUCCUGAGACUGUCUAUGGUUGGUCUGGUUUUGAUGAUGGAUGAAGAAAGAAGAAGAAGAUGAAGAAGAAUGUCUCAGGUUUGAGAUCAGCCAAUGAUCCAAUGAACUUAUGUCUGAUUCAAUUCUUUAGAAAAUUGUAUAAUUGGAACAUAUUGAGAAAGCAUUAUUUCUCUCAAAAUUUGGUUGAUUAUAUGUUUGCUGCUUUGUUAAUUUGGUGGCUUUCCAUUUCAAGUUCCAAUCUUAGUUAGUUUAGUGGCUUUUAUGCAGUGGUGAGAGCCCCAUCAGAGCUUCCACCAACAGCCUUUUUGCUUCACACCUCUGCACAUGCUGAGGUAACUAACCUUACCUAACUGAAGAACAAUGCUUUGAUGGUUCUUUUGAUGUUCCAUUGCUUUGUCAUGUUUUCAUAUUUUUGUGAUUCCUGAGUGCUAACAAAUGCUAGAUUGUGCUAACUGUUUCUGUUCAGUCCACAAAUAUAGUUGGUUGAAAUUUGAAUACCGGUUUGCUCGGAGAAUUGCCUGCUUCAUCUCGGUUUUGCUUCUUGAACUUGGGGAUGUUUUCUGGUUUCUCUUAAUGAUACGACUGGAAAACGAUCGGGUGAUCGAUCAUUUUCUGACUGACUGACUGACUGACUGCCUUGUACCAAUCUAUGAUUGGUUUUAUCUUUUUUCAUGUUGAAUUUGGAGUUGUUUUCUUGUUCUGGAUUGUGAAUGAUCAUUUAUUGUAAAUUGUAAUGACAUUACUAGAAAACCAUCAAUUUAAUCCCUUUUUACUUA